AUGGCAAGCAUCAGAUGCCCGCUGUGCAGUGAAGAUCGGUGCGGGAAAGUGUGGUGGAAGCCGUCGCAGUACAAGGCAGGCAAUGCAAUGGUGCCGGGAUUCUUCAACUGUUGCAGGUCCUGCAACGAGGAUUGUUUCAUGCCGCGCAAAAGCCUGUGUGAGGGACUCUUUCACGCAUUGCGACUUUCAUGGGUUGAGAUCGUGGAGACAAGCGAGCUUGUUGCUGCAUGGACCGCGUACAUGCAAAAGCCGUCAAGAGUCGGGCACCACACAUGGUACCACAAACCUGGCCAAGUGGAUCUGGGGGUCGGCCGAGACAUUUGCCAUUGGGGUAUCGUCCUGCUUGUCGGCGUGCAGAAAGUGCACGAGCACUUCUCCAACACCGACACAGUGCACCAGGGUGUCGAAGGUUUCCUCUACUGGCUCCCCGUUCAUAAGAAUCCUGAUGCUGUCAAGGUGUUGCACAUGGUGCAGCAUUUCUUAAAAGACUUGCAUGAGCUUUCCUCGGAGCUUCCGAUCAGAGGGGGACAUCACGUCACCUGGGAGGGCUUGUUCGAAGUGGUCGAUGGACUGCCAAAUGUCUGGUGA